GCACAUGCGAUCUGGCCAAUUCAUAUAUUCCAGGGGCGGGUUGUCUAGGUAUUUAAAACGCUUAUUCAUGGCUCAUCUUUGCAUUUUCUCCUGAUUUCAUUCUCUUGUUGUGCUUUCCUUAAACUCCCACUGUUGUCCACAUGGCUCUCCCCGCAGAGCAGCGGAAAAAGAUCCUCAGGGUCUUAAUGACCUCUCUACUUUUGGAUUUGAUAUCCUUUACGUUUAUUCUACCGCUAUUCCCCUCCCUGCUGACCUUCUACCGCAACCAAGACCCCGCCCCGUCCUCUCUCUUGAACCGCGUCUUCCACUACCUAAACGCCUACAAGAACGCCUUCGCAAAGCCGAUUGACUCGCGGUACGACAUCGUCCUCCUUGGAGGCGCACUCGGGUCCUUGUUUUCUUUCCUCCAGGCCGUCGCGGCGCCAUUCAUUGGCGGGCUCUCCGAUAAAUAUGGCCGCAGAACCGCGCUGCUCUGCUCCAUGGUUGGAAACACCCUCAGCGUAGCGCUCUGGGUCGCAGCCACAGACUUCCGCACGUUUCUCGCUAGCCGUGUUGUCGGCGGGCUCAGUGAGGGCAAUGUGCAGCUUGCGCAUGCCAUCGCAACAGAUAUAAGCGACCCAAGCCAGCGGGGCUCCACCAUGGCCCUGGUGGGCGCAUGUUUCAGCAUCGCUUUCACCUGCGGGCCCGCGCUCGGCGCGUUCCUCUCCAACAUUACCACGGUAGCAGCGAACCCCUUUGCAACCGCAGCGGGAGUCUCGCUCCUCCUUAUCGUCAUCGAAACCAGCUACUUGUACCUGUGCCUCCCAGAAACGCACCCGCGCCUCAGCAACACAAGCACAAGCACAAGCACAAGCACAAGCACAACCGCACGCACCCACACCAACCACCCUUCCACCCUCAACACCAUCCACUUCCUCUUCCUCCUCCCCUUCUCCGGAAUGGAGUUCUCCCUCCCCUUCCUCACAGCAACCUUCUACGCAAACACCGCGACCACCGCCAGCCCCUCCGCGCUCAACGGCCGUCUCCUCUCCAUGAUGGGCCUAAUCGCCUCCCUCCUCCAGGGCACCGUCGUGCGCCGUCUCCCGCCCCUGCUCACCGUCCGCAUCGGCGUCGUCGCAUGCACUCUCUCGUUUUUCCUCCUCGCACGCGUUUCCUCCCUGUCGGGCCUCUACGCCGCCGGCAGUCUUCUCGCAGUGACGAGCGCCACCGUAGUCACGGGCCUGAACAGCCUCGGGAGCCUCGAAGCCGAGGAAGGCGAACGCGGUGCCGUCCUGGGGAGACUCAGAAGCUGCGGACAGAUUGGACGUGCGGCGGGGCCCGUCCUGUUUUGCUCGCUGUUCUGGUGGGCUGGCCGCGAGGCGGCGUACGUGACUGGUGGAGGUGCGAUGUUGGCUGUUUGCGGUGGGGUGUUUUUAUUUUUGAAGUCGCCGCCGCGUCCUUGAUUUUUUUUUUUUUUUUUUCCCCUUCCUUUCCGGUUUAUUGGUUGUUAGAUUACUCUUUGUUUUUUGUUCUUUUUGCAUUUCUUUCGGGUUCGUGUACAUACUACUACUCCUCUCUCUCUCUCUCUGUGUGUGUGUGUGUGUGUGUGUGUGUGUGGAAUCUAAGAGGUACGGUAGGCAAGGCAGGUAUAUCAUAUCAUGCCUUUAUGGCUUACUGCUAUGCAGUUAGUAC